GACAUUCACCGGUUUGACAUUGACAUGUCUUUACCCAUGUGGAUUUUUGACAAUUUGGCUGAUGCAAUAAGUUAUAUUUCUAUUUAGUGCAUAUUUAUAAAAUUUUACGCUAUAUAUUAGUGUAAAACAGAUAUUUGUGUUUAUUAGCGUCUAUUACAAUGUCUGAAGAUGAUGCAAUUUUCGAUCCAUCACUCAAGAAGAAAAAGAAAAAGAAGAAGACUUUCGAUAUCGACGCUGCUUUAGCAGAAGGUAAUAACGAAAAUGAACAAGUAAAUAACGAAAGUCCCGAAACUGAAGUUCGCGAAUCAAAAAAUGAUGAAGAUCAAGAUGACGGUAACGUCGAUAUCGAUUUAGAUUUUACGAAACAAAAGAAGAAGAAAAAGAAAAAACAACCUUUCGUUACUGAAGAUGGUGAUGCUGCGAACGAAAAUAAAAACGAAACCACUCAGGAUGGUGCUGGGGAUAACGAUGGAGGUAUUGAUGAUUCAUUCGAUUUGGAUAUGGAUUUCAGUAGAACCAAGAAGAAGAAGAAAACGAAAAGACCGAAGAAUUUGGACGAUUUGAUCGCAGAAACAGAGGAAAAGGAUGAAGAUCUCGAAAAUGUAGACGAUAAUUCUACUCAAUGGGGUAAUUCCGAUAGGGAUUAUACUUACGACGAAUUAUUAAAUCGCGCUUUCGAAAUAAUGAGGGAUAAAAAUCCCGAUAUGGCAGCAGGUAAGAAACAAAAAUUCGUCAUGAGACCACCGCAAGUCGUCAAAAUCGGCGCUAAAAAAACGUCGUUUGCUAAUUUUACGGAAAUCUGCAAGAUGUUGCAUCGUCAACCGAAGCAUCUCUUGGAUUUCUUGUUGGCUGAAUUGGGUACCAGCGGGUCCGUGGACGGUAAUAGCCAAUUGAUUAUUAAAGGAAGGUUCCAGCAGAAACAGAUUGAGAAUGUGCUUAGGAGGUAUAUUAAAGAAUAUGUCACCUGUCAUACUUGUAGAUCUCCAGAUACUAUUCUACAAAAAGAUACGAGAUUGUUCUUUUUACAGUGUGAAACUUGUGGUUCAAGGUGCUCUGUAGCUAGUAUUAAAUCAGGUUUCCAGGCCGUCACAUCGAAACGUGCCGCCAUUCGAGCCAAAACAGCAUAAUCAAUGUAGAUAUUUUAAUUAUUACAGUGUAACACAAUUUAUUUCUUUUUUUUUUUUUUUUUUAAAGUGUAAAACGGCACUUUGGAUAAAUAAAUAAAACAAUAAAAGUGCUGCGGGAUACUACAACUAGCAAAAAUGUUAAAUAAAUUUAACAAUAUUUAAAUAUAUCCAACAAUUUUAAGUAUA